UUUCCUGCCAAUCUACUGCUCCACACUCCAGUCCAGUAGGUGAUGGUAAUGCACCAAAUCGUUGUUUGCCAACCACCAAUAAAGCUCAAAGAAGAAGAAGAAGAUGAACAACAGUGAACUCUUCUCUUCUCUGCAGCAUGUCUUCAGGAAGACCAGCUUGACUAUUUUCUGUCAUUUUGACCAGAAAGUGACUUUUUGUAGUUGGUGCUGCAGCCUUUAACCUUUAACCUUUGACCUCUAACCAGCAUGGAUGAGAACACUUUAAAGCAGCUGGUGAAGCUCACUCAGGAUGGACAGGUUGACUCUCUGCAGAGACUGAUCAGCAGCUCUGAGGUUCAGUCUGUCAGCAGGAGACACUUCGGUCGGUCUGGGGACACCCUGCUGCACUAUGCUGCCAGGAGAGGACACCUGGACAUGCUGCAGUAUCUCAUAAAGCAGGUGUGCAUGGAUGUGGAGCUGCACAACAACGACUACAAGAGGCCUCUGCACGAAGCUGCUUCCAUGAGCCACCAGGCCUGUGUUAGCUACCUGCUGCAGGAAGGAGCCAACGUGGACAGUCUGAAGAAAGCUGACUGCUGAACCUCAUCAUGCAGCAGGCAACAUCACACAUCCCCAGAGACUCAGGGGGCUUUGUGAGGAUGCUUGAAGACGAGGCUUUCUGUGUUUUCCUGACAUUGUUCCAUAAGAUCAUGCCACAGGUGGACAUGCUUUUCAACCAGCUGCAGAAGAGGAACAUGGACCCUGUCUUCAUCAGAGCACUGGUCCAGAGGUUCACAGACAGCAUGCUAACCAUCAGAUAAAUAACUCCCAGAUA